AUGGCCUCGAUACUCGCACCAACACGAUCGGCGUUGUCCUUUCAAGGCCUUCGGCUCAUAGCACGGACAUCACCUGCGACUUUGAGAAGAGCUCUCUCGACUCUCCCCAACAAUGCACAUAUCGUAAGGACUAAUCAGCAGUAUUAUUACGAAUCAGAACUUAAUGAGACUCUUAGUAUGUACACGACCAACCAAACGUCUCCUCCAAGAUCCUUUCCCUCCUCCCGAAUGCGCCCCCAAUCGCCUCGCUGGCCAUCGGCACUUCGAAGCAAAUUCCGCCAACGCCAGAAGACUUCAUCGAGAAUCCCGAGUUCUUCAAUAUUCUACACUGGGUCAUCAAAGACAACGCGGUCAACGAUCCCGAUGUGCAAGCUCAGGCAGCUCUCUACGCGUCGCAGGCGGGCUCAGCGCUAGGAAGUGGAGGCGUGUUCUUCCCUCAGCAACGACAAGCGAAUAUGAAAAAGCGGGAUCGCAGCAGUAGACAAUUCGGCGGCGGCGGUGGAUCAGGCGGCGACGGUGCUGGUGGAGCGAGUGCGCAGGGUGGGAUGGGAGGUGCGGGACGAGGAGGCUAUAUCCACGUGAGCGACCAGCGGAAUCCACCUGAUUUUGGGCGCGUCGCUUGGCCAGAGGACAUCUUUGGCAGUCUGGAGGUUGAUGGGAAUGGCAAGUUUGUGGAUGGGCAUGGACGAUACCAGGAGUCUGGGACGUAUCGGGUGGUCACGAGAGAGGGUGUGCUGGGGUUGAGUCCCUUUUUGAGGGAGAAGCUGGUUGAGAAGCUGAGGGAGUUGGAUGCGCAGGCCAGACACAAUCAGUGA